AGAGUUGGUAUAAAGGCUCCCUCUCUGACUCAGACUCACAUAUCUCCUGCGUAUUUUUUUGGGGUGUGCAGGUGUUUACAAGACAGCGUGUGUGUGUGUGUGUUUGUGCCCUUGAGGACUGAUUUCUCCCCAGGAUGCAUCAGCUGCUCGUGGUGACCUCAGUGCUGGUGGCACUCUGCUCUCUAGGCAGUGUGGAUACUUCCGCCUAUGAUAAGAUAGUCACCCAUAGUCGCAUACGGGCCAGGAAAGAAGGACCCAAUGUGUGCGCCCUGCAACAGGUCCAAGGGUCUAAAAAGAAGUACUUCAGCACAUGUAGGAACUGGUACAAAGGCUCCAUCUGUGGCAAGAAGACCCUGGUCCGAUAUGAAUGCUGUCCUGGGUACAUCAAGCUGGAGGGUAUGAGAGGAUGCCCUGCAGUGGCUCCCAUUGACCAUGUCUAUGGAACGCUGGGGCUCGUAAAGGCUACGACCACACAGCAAUACUCUGACGUGUCCAAGCUGAGAGAGGAAAUUGAAGGCAAAGGCUCCUUUACCAUGUUUGCACCUAGCAAUGGAGCCUGGGAUUUGGUAGAAUCUGAUGUACGGUCUGCACUGGUGAGCAACGUGAACAUUGAGCUGUACAACGCUCUUCACUUCCACAUGGUGAACCGCAGGAUUUUGACCAAAGACAUGAAGAACGACAUGACUUUCACUUCCAUGUACAAUGACCUGGGGCUCUACAUCAACCACUACUCAAAUGGGAUUGUUACAGUGAACUGUGCCAGGAUCAUCCAUGGUAAUCAGGUGUCCACAAAUGGUGUGGUGCAUGUCAUUGAUCGGGUCAUCAGCGGUGUUGGCAUCAACAUCAAGGAAGUCCUGGAUGUCACCGAUGAGCUCUCCACCUUCAGAGAUUCAGUAUUGGCGUCUGGUAUGAUGGAUAAGCUGGACCAGCCUGGCCACUAUACUCUGUUUGCUCCCACUGAUGAAGCCUUUGACAAAUUGAGCCCAGGCUACCUGGAGCGUAUCAUGGGAGACAAGGCUGUAAUUGCAGCCCUGGUGAACUACCACCUGCUGAACAGUGUCCAGUGUUCAGAAGCAAUCAUGGCAGGGUCAGUGUAUGAGACCGCAGAGGGCAGCACCAUAGAGAUCGGCUGUGAUGGCGACAGUUUGACAGUCAAUGGAAUCAAGAUGGUGCUGAAGAAGGACGUUGUCACCACUAAUGGCGUCGUCCACUUAAUCGACCAGGUGCUCAUCCCUGACUCAGCCAAGGAAGGGAUGGAGCUGAUGGGGGCAUCGCAGAGCACUUUUAGCGACAUGCUGUCUGAAUUGGGCUUAUCGGCUGCCAUGGGUCCGAAGACAGAGUAUACCCUCCUUGCUCCUGUCAACGCUGCCUUCACAACUGAGGUGAUGUCAACAGAGCAGAGCCGGCUGAAAUUAAUUUUGGAAAACCACAUCUUGAAGCUGAAAGUUAAACUGAGUGAGCUCUACAAUGGACAGAUGCUGGAAACACUGGCUGGCAAACUGCUCAGAGUCUUCAUUUACCGCACUGCUGUGUGCAUAGAAAACUCAUGUAUGGUGCGUGGCAGUAAAGAGGGAAGCAACAGUGCCCUCCAUGUUAUGAGGACUCUCAUCAAACCGCCCGAGAAAACAACAUACGAGCUCCUGAUCGCUGACAGACGGUUUAAGAUUUUUCUGUCACUGAUGGAGACAGCAGGUCUGACUGAUCUGCUGAAGCAGGAAGGCUCCUACACCAUCUUUGCACCAACCGAUGAUGCCUUUGCUAAUCUCAAUAUAGAGGACUUUGCUCUACUCAAAAGUGAUCUGAAUGCUCUGAGGAUCAUUCUGCUGUACCACUUCAGUAAUGGCAUCUUCAUCAAUGGAGGAUUAGAGGGAGGAGUUACCAAUCUGCUCAAAACCCUCCAGGGCAAUAACCUGCAAGUUAUGUCUGUAAACAACUCUAUUCAUGUCAAUUCUGUGGAUGUGCCAGACAGUGACCUGAUGGCAACCAAUGGUGUGAUCCAUGUGGUGAAGAAUGUUCUCUAUCCUGCCACUCUUCCCGUGGGCCGCCAGGACUUCCUGGUCCUCCUGAGGAAGCUCAUUAAGUACAUCCAGAUAAAGUUUGUUUCAGGAUUUUCUUAUGAUAAGAUUCCACUCACGUUCAUCAGGAGGAUCAUCACAACUACACAUGUUGAAACAGUCCCUGAUGCAACAAAGGUCGAGACAGAGCCAACAGUCACUCAGGUGGUCAUCGAGGGGAAGCCAGUGAUCGCCAAAGUAACCAGGGUCAUUGAGGGAGAGCCUUCCAUUACACACGUAACCAGAGUCAUUGAGUCAGAGCCUUCCCUCACACACGUAACCAGAGUCAUUGAGUCAGAGCCUUCCCUCACACACGUAACCAGAGUCAUUGAGGGAGAGCCUUCCAUCACAAACGUAACCAGAGUCAUUGAGUCAGAGCCUUCCAUUAUACACGUAACCAGAGUCAUUGAGGGAGAGCCUUCCCUCACACACGUAACCAGAGUCAUUGAGGGAGAGCCUUCCAUCACACAAGUAACCAGAGUCAUUGAGUCAGAGCCUUCCCUCACACAAGUAACCAGAGUCAUUGAGGGAGAGCCUUCCAUCACAAACGUAACCAGAGUCAUUGAGGGAGAGCCUUCCAUCACAAACGUAACCAGAGUCAUUGAGGGAGAGCCUUCCAUCACACACGUAACCAGAUUCAUUGAGGGAGAGCCUUCCAUUACCAAGGUUACAAGAGUUAUCGAAGGUCGAAAUCUUGAUACGGAUGAAAAAGGCCCGGACUUCUCUAAGAUCACCACCAUCCACGGCAACCCAAAUAUGAUCAAGGAGGAAUCGGAGAGAAUUACCAAACUCAUUCAAGACGGAGGUGAAUUCGCUGCUGCCAGGAAACCUUCAGCUGGAAUGAGAAGGAAGAGAAUAAAGGUCAGGCGUCACCCUAAGCCAAGGGCGUGAAUCCAACAGAGAGAAAACACCUUCGGGCUCACCGCAGAGACUGACCGCAUCUCCAGUGCUCCUGGUUGAGUGCUUGAAAAACUGUGGACCAAUAGGGAGAGAUCUAAUCAAUCUAGCUAUUUCUUUGUCCAAACCACCAGUAAGAAUGAUUGUUUAUUAUUCCAUCUGGACCAUACUGUGUGUGUGAUAGGCAUGAUGUGUAAUAGCAGUUAUUACCUUGUAAGUCAUGUAAGUGUGCACGGGAAAUAUGGAUUUUUGCCGCGGGGUAGAUGAUGUGUAAGGUGAGAUAUUUUCUACCACUGAGACAUUGUGUUUAAAGUUUUUUUUUUUAUCAUUUCACUUUGCAAACGGAUGGCUUGGGAAGAUUUUUGUAUGCUUUUUAUGGUGCUAGCAUUCUGUACAAUGAAUGCAUUUUUAUGAAUAUGACAAAUGCAACAGUGCUACCAUUAGAUGCUAUUCUGAACCUCUGUAAAUUAUCAUAUGGUGACAAUUAAAUUUGAUACAGUUUUCAAUAA